UAUGCUACUUUCGACAUCAAAAUUAACGACUUCCAAACUUACUAAAUCUCAAUUAUCAAGUCCUUAAAGAUCCACCAUUAACUAUUUGAGUUAAGACCUUGAUUCCCCAUCAAGAUAAAGAAUUAAAUUAUUAUCAGACAAAUGGAAUCACAUUCAAAAUGGAAUUGAUAAAGAUAAAGUAGAAAAAAGAGAAGUAUUGGAAGAAAGAAUCAAAAUUAUUGAAGACGUACUUGCAUCUGAAAAACCUAAAGAUGAAUAAAAAUUCAAAGUCAUUAAAGAUUCAGUCUUGAAACUAUAAGAUUAAGCACAUAAUCAAAAAUCAGAGAGAGAAGUAUAUAAUUAAAACCAUAAUUUCUAGGCAUUUGAUGAUAAGAAGGAGAAAGAUUUCAGAACAUUAUCUGAUAAUAUUGCAUUAUCUUUUGAAUAGGAAAGAAAUAUUAGAGGAUAAGGAGAAACAAAGUUGUAGAAGUAAAUUGACGAACGUUUUGCUUAGAUAACUCUAACUAUAACUAGAAAUACUCAUUAAUAUGAAGACAGAAGUUAGGCUAAAAUUGCAGAAGUUCUUUAAUAAAUAUAAGUUGUUAAAAAUUAAUUAGAUUAAGAAAGAAGAUCAAGGUAUUUUAGAAUGCAUAUAAAAAUAGGGAAGAAUCAGCUGAAUCAUUAUCUGAAUAAAUUGAUAGUGAAAUUAACAAAUUUUCAGAUUAAUUGCUUGUUGAAAAGAAAGUAAGAGAGGAAACAUAAGGAAAAAUAUUCAGAAUGAUUGAAGAUGUGCAUGGCAAAUUAUAAUAAGAUAUUAAUUUUGAAAGAAGGGAAAGAGAAGCAACUACUGAAGCAUUAUUAAAAUUAUUAGAGGAUGCAUGCAUUAAAAUAGAUAAAAAUUUCAGAUCAUUUUGAU